CCCGACCCGCUUUGACCCGUAUUUACUCUUCUCCUUUAUGCCCAACAAGUUAUAGAUCCAUAUUCUAGUUUGCCCAAGUACCCAAAAAGCUGUGUAGCAAAGGCUUAGUGAAACAGAGAAAAAACAAGAUGCCGGUGAUGGAGAAGCUGAAGAUGUUCAUCGUACAAGAGCCCGUUGUUGCAGCUUCUUGUCUCAUUGCUGGUGUUGGCCUCUUCCUUCCCGCUGUUGUAAGGCCCAUGUUAGACUCCUUUGAAUCUUCUAAACAAGUCCCUCAACCUGCUUUAAGUGAUGUGGUCGCAGGUGUGACUGGGAAAAAACAGGGAUGAUGUGGUUUGCCAAUUGAAAGCUUAGCAUUCUGCCCCCACCACUGCCUCUGUUACCCAUUUUUGUUUUAUUCUCAUCACAAAUGAAAUAAGGCAGACUUUAAACUUGUGAAACCCAAAAGAAGAAUUGCAUAUUGAACCUUAUCCUGUUUCAUGGAAGCAUGUGAAUGUUUCAUGCUGUGUUAAUCUUUAGCAUUUAAUGGAAAACCAUGAUUUGAGAAUUUACUUCCUUA